CUGCCCCCGCCAUGUCUUGAUUUAAAAAAGUCAACACUUGAACCCUAGUUUCCAUCAAGCAGAAGCAAGACGGACCAUCUUGAGGGAAGAGGGCUGUAUCCCUGAUGGCUAUGAAUGGCGCGAAGUACUCUUGUGUACCGCAGAUUCAGAUCCAAAUGCACUCGGCUCGCGCGCAACCCCGCCCCGUCAAAGCUUGAUUUCCGGUGAAACUCCUGGCGUCAAGAUCUGGCACGUUUCUCCCAUGCUUUUCUUUGUUGGUAAACCCAACCAGCGAUUGACAACAAAGAAGUCUUUCCUCUUGUUGGGGGGAGCAGAAUUCUCACGAUAGGAAAAAGAAAAAUGAGGAACCAACGAUUCUCUCUUCUUAAACAACCGAUAUCCUCCACACUUAAUCAACAUUUGAUAGAUUAUCCAACCCCGAGCAAUCUUAGUUAUUGGUGGGGCUUCGGUUCGUUAGCUGGUAUUUGUUUAGUCAUUCAGAUAGUGACUGGCGUUUUUUUAGCUAUGCAUUACACACCUCAUGUGGAUCUAGCUUUCAACAGCGUAGAACACGUUAUGAGAGAUGUUGAAGGGGGCUGGUUGCUCCGUUAUAUGCAUGCUAAUGGGGCAAGUAUGUUUCUCAUUGUGGUUCACCUUCAUAUUUUUCGUGGUCUAUAUCAUGCGAGUUAUAGCAGUCCUAGGGAAUUUGUUCGGUGUCUCGGAGUUGUAAUCUUCCUAUUAAUGAUUGUGACAGCUUUUACAGGAUACGUACCACCUUGGGGUCAGAUGAGCUUUUGGGGAGCUACAGUAAUUACAAGCUUAGCUAGCGCCAUACCGGUAGUAGGAGAUACCAUAGUUACUUGGCUUUGGGGUGGUUUCUCCGUGGACAAUGCCACCUUAAAUCGUUUUUUUAGUCUUCAUCAUUUACUCCCCUUUAUUUUAGUGGGCGCCAGUCUUCUUCAUCUGGCCGCAUUGCAUCAAUAUGGAUCAAAUAAUCCAUUGGGUGUACAUUCAGAGAUGGAUCAAAUUUCUUUUUACCCUUAUUUUUAUGUAAAGGAUCUAGUAGGUUGGGUAGCUUUUGCUAUCUUUUUUUCCAUUUGGAUUUUUUAUGCUCCUAAUGUUUUGGGGCAUCCCGACAAUUAUAUACCUGCUAAUCCGAUGCCCACCCCGCCUCAUAUUGUGCCGGAAUGGUAUUUCCUACCGAUCCAUGCCAUUCUUCGUAGUAUACCUGACAAAUCGGGAGGUGUAGCCGCAAUAGCACCAGUUUUUAUAUGUCUGUUGGCUUUACCUUUUUUUAAAAGUAUGUAUGUGCGUAGUUCAAGUUUUCGCCCGAUUCACCAAGGAAUAUUUUGGUUGCUUUUGGCGGAUCGCUUACUACUAGGUUGGAUCGGAUGUCAACCAGUGGAGGCACCUUUUGUUACUAUUGGACAAAUUCCUCCUUUAGUUUUCUUCUUGUUCUUUGCCAUAACGCCCAUUCCGGGACGAGUUGGAAGAGGAAUUCCUAAUUCUUACACGGAUGAGCCCUAGCCCUGUAAGCCCACACCUGAUCAGUGAAAAAUUAUGACACCAAUCAUUUACGUAUUACACCAAGAAUGAAUUGACAAGCGCAUA